AUGGCAGGAGGUGGUUUCGUUGCGCAAGGCCAUGUUGGGAACUACAAUGGGGGUGUCACUGCCUUCGUCGUCAUCACUUGCAUCGUAGCUGCAAUGGGAGGUCUCCUGUUCGGCUACGAUAUUGGUAUUUCAGGUGGAGUGACGUCCAUGGACGAUUUCCUGAUGAAGUUCUUCCCGGCAGUGUACCAUAGAAUGACAGACGGAUCAGCACGUGACAAAAAUCAGUAUUGUAAAUACGAUAACCAUUUGCUGACACUGUUCACAUCUUCCCUCUACCUCGCCGCACUGGUUGCUUCCUUCUUUGCCUCUGAGAUAACCCGUGUCUUUGGCCGCAAGGUGUCCAUGUUCUUGGGAGGCCUAUCCUUUCUCAUUGGAGCUAUGCUCAAUGGCAUUGCCAUGAACAUCAUAGUGCUCAUCAUCGGACGCAUAUUGCUUGGUGUUGGCGUGGGAUUUGCUAACCAGUCGGUUCCAGUCUACCUGUCAGAAAUGGCACCGGCAAAAAUCAGAGGAGCACUCAAUAUCGGGUUCCAAGUUGCGAUCACAAUUGGCAUUCUUAUUGCGAAUUUUGUCAACUAUGGAACUGCAGAGAUCAAGGGUGGAUGGGGUUGGAGAAUUUCCUUGGCUCUUGCAGGGGUCCCUGCCCUGUUCAUGACCAUCGGAUCUAUCUUCCUUCCGGACACCCCCAAUUCCAUCAUUGAGCGAGGCCACCACGAGGAGGCCAAGCGUAUGUUGCAAAAGAUCCGUGGCACCGAAGACGUCAAAGCGGAGUUGGGGGACCUAAUUGCAGCAAGCGAAGCUGCCAAGAAGGUGCAACAACCGUGGAGGAACAUGUUCCUCCCAAGAUACAGACCUCAACUCGUCAUCUGCUCUCUCAUUCCAUUCUUCCAGCAAAUCACUGGCAUCAACGUCAUCAUGUUCUAUGCUCCUGUUCUCUUCAAGACUUUGGGCUUUGGCGACAAGGCAUCCCUCAUGUCUGCAGCUAUAACUGGUGUCGUUAAUGUUCUUGGGACCUUUGUUUCCGUUGCUACGGUUGAUAAGUUCGGGAGGAAAGCUCUCUUCAUUGAAGGUGGCGUUCAGAUGAUCAUUUGCCAGAUUGCUGUAGGAGGCAUGAUCGGCUACAAGUUCGGAUUGACGGGCGAAGGGUCCUUCAGUAAGGGCGAGGCCAACUUCCUGGUGUUCCUAAUCUGUGCUUACGUAGCGGCCUUUUCGUGGUCCUGGGGCCCGCUGGGGUGGCUGGUACCUAGUGAGGUCUGCCCACUAGAAGUCCGAUCACCUGGUCAGGCAAUUAAUGUGUCCGUCAACAUGUUUUUCACCUUCAUCAUUGCUCAGGGCUUCCUUUCCAUGCUCUGCCACAUCAAAUUUGGUCUCUUCUUUUUCUUCGGUGGCUUCGUGAUCCUCAUGACCAUCUUCGUGUUCUUCUUCUUGCCUGAGACGAAGAACGUCCCAAUUGAAGAGAUGAACAGGCUUAUGAAGGCUCAUUGGUUUUGGGGUAAAUACAUCCCCGAUGAAGUGGCCUCUGGGGACAAGUACACUGCAUGA